AAUGAUUAAUAUUGUAAUUGUUUAUCUCGCUAUCCCCCGCGUGUUUAAAAGUAAAAAACAUCGAUUCCUUUUCAUAGGAUCAAGUUGUGAUUAUGUCUGGAAAAAAAUAAAUUUAAUCAGAACAUGAAUAUGAAAAAAUGAGGCCAUUGGAUGAAUGAGGAUAAAAAGAAUUUGAACUACAAUUUUGUUCGUCGAUCAUAUGAAUACACGCACGUUUUUUUUUUUUUUUAGAUACAAUUUUGUUCACAAUACACAGGCAAUAGAAUUAAUGAUUUGAUAAGAUUUUUUUUCGGCUUGGAUCGAACCACACCUUUUUUGAUGAUUCUGAUCUAUUUUAUUACAUUGGAAAAAUGGACAAUGAUGUCGGUAAUCAUCAACUUGCUCCUGGUUAUGAUCUUUGCUUUUGGUAGUAGCAGCCAGAAUCGAUUAAUGGUAUUCGCCGAUAGACAUACUGUAUCGCCAUUUUUUUCACCAUUAUUACCCAAACGUUGUCCAUCGCCACCAUGUGUCUGUGAUGUUGAUGAUCAAAAACGUAAAACGGUCACCUGUGCAGCAUCAAUGCAAAACAUACCAAUCGAUAAAAUGGAUCAAGAGACACAGGUGAUCAACAUAACACCAAAACAGAAUCGAUACAAUUCGUUAACUCUGGGCCGUAUAUUUACCAAUAUGACCAAUUUAGAAGAGAUUCGAAUAAUCAGAAGUAAAUUGCCAGCAAUCGGUGAAAUGACAUUUUGCCCUUUUCAUUGUAAUCCUUGCCAAUCUUCAAUCAAAAUUCUUGAUCUAAGCCAUAAUAAUAUUAAUGCUGUUGUGCAAGGUAAUUUCUACUGUCUUGAUUCACUGGAAAUUUUAGACUUGAGCGAUAACAAUCUAUCCACUGGCUUGCCCUCGGCUCCAUUUGGUAAAUUAUCAAGUUUAAUGAAAUUGUCAUUAGCAAGAAAUAAACUUAAUCAGCUAGUACCAUUGAUAUUUCAUUCGUUAAAUUCAUUGGAAGAGCUCGAUUUAAGUGAGAAUCCACUGUCUGAAAUUCGGUCGGAUGAGCUUCGAGGCUUGCCUAAUCUUCGUCUUCUUAAUUUGAAUGGUUGUCAAUUGGUCAGAAUUGAUGGUUUUACAUUCCGAGAACUGACAAAUUUGGAAUAUUUGGAUCUCAGUGAUAAUCAUCUGAAACAUUUGAAUCGAUCCUCAUUUGAAGGUCUCGUGAAUUUGCGUGUUCUCCUGCUUCAUCGUAAUUCGUUGACUGUUUUACCAGACCGAAUAUUCGCUGGUCUCAAUUUGAAUAGUUUGGAUUUAUCAAAAAAUCUUAUCAACCCGUUGACGAAUUGUGUGUUCUGUCAAGCAGACGCAAUUAAAAAACUUGAUAUCUCCAAUAACAAAAUAACAUCGUUUAGUGCUGGUUUACUGGAGCCGAUUUCAAAUUCUCUGGAACAACUAUGCAUAGAUCGAAAUCGAUAUUUAAUUGAUUCACCUUCCUCCGUUGUUGCUCUUUUGCAGCCAUUACGGCGAUUGAAACUUUUAUCUGCCACCGAGAUUAAUCUAGAUGAAUCACUGCCUGAAUCUGCGUUUGAUUCUUUGGAAUCGUUAGUGUUUCUGAAUAUAUCCAACAAUCGUUUAACCGAGCUGAAUAGUCGUCUAUUGAGUCCAAUGGCCAUUGCGUUAACUACUUUGGAUGUAUCGAACAAUAAACUACCAUUUAUUGAUCCAAGCACAUUUUUAAUGUUUCGAAAUAUGCGAUUUCUUUCUCAAGUAUAUCUACAUGGAAAUCCUUUUUCUUGUUACCGUUGCCAAAUAUUACCAUUCAUUGAUUGGCUGAAUACUGAUCCGGCUGAAUAUUGGAAAGUUUGCCCGAGAUUAACUGAUGAUCCUGAUCGAUUGAUUCAUUGUGCUCGUUGUUCGAUUCCAUCAUCAUUGGAAGGCCGAUAUCUACAUGAACCAGGUUUAAAUCAUGAACUAGAAUGGUGUACGAAUCCAGAAGUCCAAUUACGGCUCACUGCAUCCGAACCACAAGUGGGUCUUAUAUUAGCAUUCUUGAUCAUUCUCAGCUUAGUAGCCCUAAUACUGGUUGUUAUAGCCAUUUAUCGAAAACAUGGAGCUACAUAUUAUACUCAAGAAGACAAAUUAACCUCAAAAGAAGAAAUCUAUGCAGCAAGUGUGGGCGCACAGCCAUUACAUUGGACAUCGAAGCCUGCCACACCGAAUAAUCAUCGCAUGGUUUCAUUAACAAGUACAACAUCUCGACAAAACACUGUUUGCUCACCGCAAUCUUCUAUAGAACAACCUACAUUAUCGACGAAUAUCAAUUAUGGUAAAACAGCUAUGGUGAUGAUGACAACUGGUAAUCGAGAAGAGGAACAAAAAUCGAUUAUUUGUCAUGAUGCCGUAUGCGUUGGAUGUAAUCAAUGUGCCAAUAGUAUAGCGGUAAAACAAGUGAUUGCAUCAAUACCGGCUAUGACCGAAAUUUUGGAGAAUUCAUUGAGCCAGAUUAAUAACACCAAUCAAAUGAAUCGAAAUGUCUCUAUGAUAAAAAUAAACAAUGGAACAGCAGCGGUUAUCAAACAAGAACCGCCAUCUCUCCCUGUGAAAAAACCAUCAAUAACUAAAGACGUUGAUGAGAUUCAGUCUGAACAUCAACAACACCUUGAUGAAUCGGAAUCAUUGAGACCAGUAUUAUUGCCACCGAUAGAAAUCGAUCAAACCGAUGAUCAUUAUACAAAUGUCCAUCAUCAGCACAAUGUCGAUGAGAACCAUGAAGAGCAAAAUGUCAACAUUUACAUUUGAGCCUUGCAUAUACUGUUGAA